AUGGUGGAAUGCUUGCGCUCCAGUGCCGUAGAUGUCCGAAGGCAAGCGAAAAGCUGGUCCGAAUAUACGACUUUGAUGGCAAGCCUUAUGUGCUUGUGCAUCUUUGAACUCAUUGCCGGCUUCUUGCUGGACAUCAUGGGCUCCAGCUAUGUGAAUGGCCUGAAUGCCAAUGACCCCUUCGCAGUGUUUCGCUUUGUUUGUGACAGCGCCUUGUCUGUUUUCAUGCAGACGCGGCUUUUUGCCUAUGCUGAUCACAUCAUGGGCGGGCCCAGCAGCUGCACCAAGAGCUGUUGUCCAUGUGGGCGACAAGAAGAUCCUUCAAAAUGGCAAGCGCCGCGCGGUGCAGGUAGCUGUGUGUUGCUGUCUUUAAUGCUUCUCGCAGUGCGUGUUUAUCACGACCUCAUCCUGUUUCUGGGCUGGAAAGGAGCCAGUUCACUGUGGGCAAUCGUCCGCUUGGCCCGUGUGAUGAUCCGCUUCUUGAUGGCAGGUGCCAACGCCAUACGGAGCAAGGCCUAUGCCAACCAUCCGCUCAGCGAACACCUUUCUGCUCAAAUGAGAAGCAACAUGGCCACGCAAAGCAAGAUGUUGAUGGUUGCAGGCAUCUUGGCGGGUUGUGUUGACUUCGCGGUGGUUGCGAAGGGCUUCUCUGCACCGGAUAAAUACUUCCUUGACAUCACGGACUUCGAACUGGACGUGAUGAACAACCUUUUUACCCAGUGGCUACCAAUUACUUUGCUCAUCACUGGGACCAUCGAUAAACGAGCUCCUCAGCCCCACAUCAAUGACUUGAGAGCUUGUGGCUUUGCGAAUGGCUUGGUCAUUUUCUUCCUCUACCUUGGAACCUUCCUCUUCGGAGCUUGGGGUGGUCGAGCCCUGCUGUUCCCCUUGUCGGAGAGUGCGGUGCAAGUGAGCCUGAUCGGUGGACCGGCGUUGGUCUUGGCGAAGACGGGCGCUGGAAUGAUGUACUUUUGCUUGCCAGCUCUGUUCCUCACGGUCUUCCCGUUCGUGAUGCAUCAGGUACAGAAGACGACCUCCGUGACGAUGCCCAUGUGGCCAGGAGAAGGGCUCACCUACAUCACUUACCAUCGGAACGCUGCACAUCUCUUCAUUCUGGCCUUGACCGUGCAUACUGGAGGCCACAUUUGGACGUUUGCGAAUGCUGGAGGCGUGGACGCCUACACUGGCACGAUUUGGGGUGGGGGUCACUAUGCAUGGUUGUGGCCUUGGGUGACGGGAUGCUUGCUGGUGACAUUGGGCCUCUCGCUCUAUGUGGCAUACUGGGCAUUGAAGAGGCGUUGCUAUGAUUUCUUCAUCCGGAACAAACGCGUGCUGGGUGUUGUGUUGUUGGUCUUAGCUGGCAGCCAUGGCUUUACCUCCAACUUCGGCCAGCCGCGGCUUUGGUGGUUUUGCUUGCUGAUCCUUUGCAUGUGGGCCAUUGACAAAAGGAUCAAGAGUGAAGCGAGCGGUAUCAGCUGUAGCCAAGAAAUCGUGAAGAUGAAGGAUUCCAAAGGAAACUUCAACGGUGCAAUCCUUGUCUUGAAAUCCAAGGAGACUUUUCAAGAAGUGGAACCUGGCGCGGUUUUGCUGCAAGUGGUUGGAGUGAAUGGGCGGCAUCCCUUGACGCAAGUCGCCUACCCUUGUGGAACCGGGUGGAAGUUGGAGUACCAUAUCCGGCUGAUGCCGUCGGUGGAAAAGCAGAACUGGGCCCAUCGGUUGUAUGAUCACGCUCGUGCGAGAGAAGGCUCCGAGGAAGGCAUUGACUUGGAAGUCGCGGGACCUAUGAGCACACUGGGAACCUUUGGGCAGGAAGAGCUCCUGAAGGAUGUGCACCAUAUUAUUUUGGUGGCGAUCGGUGUGGGCUUCACCGGCUGUGUGCACCCUCUUUUCCAUGCAUAUCAAGAAGGCCUCCGUGCGGAUCAAAUCCGUCUUUGCAUUCGGACGCCUUCUCCUGAGUAUGCUAACGUUGUGGAGGUGGUGUGUGGCGCGUAUGGCCUACGUCGGAAGCAAGAACUGAAAGUCUCCAUCAGCGAGGACAGUGCACCCGGAGUGGAUGUACCUGCUGACGAACGGCAAGACCGCAGCCAGUGGGGUAACAUGCUGCGUCAAGAGGUGGAGGCCUUGUCUGGCUCGCGUGGAGGGCUUGUACUGCUCUUCACCUGUGGACCAUCGCCUGCAGUAAAAGGAGUACAAAACCUCUUCUUGGACGACAUGCGAGUUCGCAUGGUGGCAGAGGCCUUCGGCUGA